AUGGGGCUGGAGGUGAAGGCAGGUCUGAUCUCUGAUCUCUUUCUAGAGUUGUUUUCGUCUCCGGUGCUGAGGGCAGCACACUCAGGUGACCCCAUAGAAGGAAGCCCGGUGACUCUGAGUUGUGUCACACAGCUCAACCCCCAGAAAUCGGACACAUUGCUCCAGAGAUUCUUCUACAAAGACAGCAGGGCCUUGGGAGAAGCCUGGAGUUCCCCUGACUACCACAUCCCAGUGGCAGGGCUACAAGACUCAGGAUCUUACCAUUGUGAGGUGCAGUUUUCAAGUGUAUGGAAACAGAGUCCCAAGUUAAAGAUUGCUGUUAAACGAAUCCCGGUGUCCCGAGUCUCCCUGGAGGUCCAGCCCCUCAGGGGGCAGGUGACGGAAGGGGAGCGGCUGGUGCUGAACUGCUCUGUGAGUAUGGGCACGGGGCCAAUCACCUUCUCCUGGUACCGGGAAGACUCCAAUCAGUCUCUGAGAACAGAGACUCGGAGCUCUCAGAGGAUGGUCUAUGAGAUCCCCGCGGCCACGGAGACCGAUACAGGGGAGUAUUACUGCAUGGCCUCCAAUGGCAACGCUCCAGCACCGAGCCCAAGGGUGAAAGUUGCUGUGAAGGUUCCAGUGUCCCCGCCGCGCCUGACCGUCAGCACGGCCAGUGCCUGGGCCACCAUCGGGGAUGUGGUGGAGAUCCGGUGCGAGUCGCCCCGCGGCUCAGCCCCCAUCCUCUAUCGGUUUCAUCACGAGGGGGCUGCUCUGGGGAACAGGACGGUCAGUUCCCGAGGGCCAGGAUCCCUCGCCCUGAAUGUGACAUCUGAGCGGGAUUCUGGGACCUACUCCUGCGAGGCUGAUAAUGGCAUGGCCAGCGGCCCCCAGCACAGCGACCCCUUCCACCUCUCUGUGCUCGUGCCUGUGUCCGGGGCCACCAUUGCUGCAGAUCGCAUGGGGCCAGAGGUCAUGGCUGGAGAAAGCCUGAAUCUCAGCUGCUUGGUGGAGUCCGGCACCGCCCCCCUGUUCAAGUGGCUUCACAACGCCCAGGAGCUGGCUGCAAUCUCAGGGCUCGGCCCGCCCACGGCUGUGGGGAACACGCUGUAUUUCGGGUCUGUGCAGCUGGGCCAUGGAGGGAAUUACCAGUGCAUUGCCAGCAACCAGCUCAGCCCCCAGAGGGUCUUCCAGGCCCGCAGUGAGAUCCUGGCCAUCACCGUGAUAGAGCACGCGAGCUCCCGGGUGGUUGUGCCUGUGACUGUCUCCUUCCUGUUCCUCCUGAUGGGUGUCACUGCGGCUCUGGUGUUCUAUUUCAAGUGCUGGAAGAAAGCAGAAGGAAUGGUUUUCAAUGCCCAGGGGAGGGACACACAGCUCCCAGCCCAGCACGAACCCCCUGGCCAGAGGCUGCCUCCACCGGGGAGCUUGGGCCUCCAUGCUGAGGAGCCAUCUUAUGGCAAUGUGUGUCCCCUGGAGCCGGAGAGUGGAGAGGUGGAGUAUACAGUUGUCAACAUCAAGAAAAGAAGUGGGGAUAAACCCAAGGGAACUCUGCCAAGGGACAACGAGGAAUACUAUGUCAGCUACUCUGUGUUGCCGGACCCCAAGCCCACCUGGGAGUCAGCCGCAGGAGCGAGGGCUCCAGAAGGGAAAUCCCUAUCCGACAGUGACCUUUAUGAAAACGUUCCCCAUCUGUGACCUGCGAGUGACCCCAGCCCAUCCCCUGGCCCACCCUAGGGGAGUCUGACAGCCUCAUUAACACUUCACUCCCCUGCUUGGCAUGUAGGGCAUGGAACGCAGCACACGCAGGCUGGGGCCAUGGGGGCCUUGUCCCUGGCUGGUGCUCUCUGCAUUGGGACUGACAAGCCAGAGCAAAGAUGGAGGCAAAUGCUCUGGGUCUGCACAGCUGCUGCUGCUUAGUGAGGCGUCGUGAGCAGAUGAUUUGCUGAGGGGCCCGGGCAGCAGCCCUGAUCUCUGUUAAUCCCUGUGAUGGGUCUGUGCCUCUCAGGUAUCCAUCCCAGGGGGUUGCCGACUUGGCUGUUGUGCAUGGAGGAUCUGGCCCAGUGGGACUUGUGACAACUGGGCUAGUCCGCCCUGCUACCAAUAAAGGUUGGAUUUGCUA